CCAGGUCAGCCCGGGGGUGAGCGGAGUGAUUUAAUGAUGCUCUGCAGCAAUUUUCUGAGUCUGAAAUUUUCUAUGCCUGUGGAUCCCAGAAUUUGCUAAGCGAUGGAGGAAUCUCAACACAAUGAUCUGUCCACAGUGACCCCUGAGAAAGAUGAGCCUCUCAAGAGCACCUGCCCUGAGAUUUCUGUUAGUGAAUUUUCUUGCCACUGCUGUUACGACAUCUUGGUUAACCCCACCACCUUGAACUGUGGGCACAGCUUCUGCCGGCACUGCCUAGCUUUAUGGUGGGCCUCUUCGAAGAAAACAGAGUGUCCAGAAUGCAGAGAAAAAUGGGAAGGUUUCCCCAAAGUCAAUAUUCUCCUCAGGGAUGCCAUUGAAAAAUUAUUUCCUGAUGCUAUUAGAAUGCGAUUUGAAGACAUUCAGCAGAAUAAUGACAUAGUCCAGAGUCUUGCAGCCUUUCAGAAGUAUGGGAAUGAUCAGAUUCCUUUAGCUCCCAACACUGGCCGAGGGAAUCAGCAGAGAGGAGGGGGCUUCUUUUCUGGAGUGCUCACAGCUUUAACUGGUGUAGCAGUGGUCCUGCUCGUGUAUCACUGGAGCAGCAGGGAAUCUGAGCACGACCUCCUGGUCCACAAGGCUGUGGCCAAAUGGACAGCGGAAGAAGUUGUCCUCUGGCUGGAGCAGCUGGGCCCUUGGGCCUCUCUCUACAGAGACAGGUUUUUAUCUGAAAGAGUAAAUGGAAGAUUGCUUUUAACUUUGACAGAGGAAGAAUUUUCAAGGGCGCCAUAUACUAUAGAAAACAGCAGCCACAGAAGAGCCAUCCUCACGGAACUGGAGCGCGUCAAAGCACUAGGCGUGAAGCCCCCCCAAAAUUUCUGGGAAUAUAAGGCCGUGAACCCGGGCAGGUCCCUGUUCCUGCUGUACGCCCUCAAGAGUUCCCCCAGACUUGGGCUGCUGUACCUCUACCUGUUUGACUACACAGACACCUUCCUACCCUUCAUCCACACCAUCUGCCCUCUACAAGAAGACAGCUCCGGGGAGGACAUCAUCACCAAGCUUCUGGAUCUCAGAGAACCCACAUGGAAGCAAUGGAGAGAAUUCCUUGUCAAAUACUCCUUCCUCCCAUACCAGCUGAUUGCUGAAUUUGCUUGGGACUGGCUGGAGGUCCAUUACUGGACAUCACGGUUUCUCAUCGUCAAUGCCAUGUUACUCUCGGUUCUGGAAUUAUUCUCCUUUUGGAGGAUCUGGUCAAGAAGUGAACUGAAGACUGUGCCUCAGAGGAUGUGGAGCCAUUUUUGGAAAGUAUCAACACAGGGGCUUUUUGUGGCCAUGUUCUGGCCCCUCAUUCCUCAGUUUGUUUGCAACUGUUUAUUUUACUGGGCCCUGUACUUUAACCCAAUUAUUAACAUUGAUCUUGUGGUCAGGGAAGUCCGACGGCUAGAAACCCAAGUGUUGUGACUGGCACUGCCCAGGCUCUGAAGGACUCUUCCAGCCUACUUGACAUCUGAGCUCUGAUGCUUAAGACGGGUGGACAGGGGCAGGAGCGGACUUCCUAUUUUCUGCCCCUAGUAAACAAGGUGCUGCUUUGUCUGUCAAAGGCUACAACCAGGUCCUCUCUCCCUCUACCUGUGGCAUCGUGGCAGCCGGAGCUGGGCCAACACAGCAGCAGCACCUCCCACUCUGCUGCCUUCCUCACAGGGACUUGGGAGGCCCAGUCCACGACAGCUGCCAAGGACCCCGGGUCCUCAGAGGAUGCGAUGUGGGCGACAUCAGAAGGCUGCCAUGUCAGCAGUCCUGCUUACCCUAACAUCAGUGACUGACAAAGACUCCCAGGGCAAGGUGGAGCCCUUAGCCUGAGACCAGGCUUGUUGGGGGCCAGGCCUAUCCUCUAAGUCAAGUUAGGAAAACGGGAGAUUUUGUCAUAGGCAUAGAUAGUUACACAUAAAAAAUACAGAGGAAAAACCAAAAUCUGAUCAACGUUUCUGUCUUAUUGAAGAGGUGCUAGAAGGUUUCAGAGGUAAACCUCUAAAAGGAUUCCGUUUGAGACUAGAAUGAUGGUUAGACUCAUUGUCACUGUUUUCCACAUGUAAUCAUUGAAAGCUUGGGUCCCUUCUAUGAGCAGGGGGAUUGAGUGGGAUAUCAGGCAAUUAAUGGAUAGUGAUUCACAUCAGGCUGAGUUGCCUCAGUGCUACUUAAAAUUGUUGUUUUGGGGUUUACUUUGUUUUGCUUUUAAGAAUUUAAUCUGUAAAAUAAAUUCCAGGAUAGUCCUUUUGUUCAAAGAAACAUUUUGUACAUUGACCUCACACUGUAUAAUCUUUAUUGUCCUGUUCUAAUGUAUAAAACAGCAAGUAUAAUUACGC